UCAAAAAAAACCGAGGGGAAGGAAAAGCAAUGCCCGCACCUGAAGCGCCGGGAAGUAAGAGGUCCCACCGGAGCUCGGAAGAACUGAGAAACUGAUUACGAGCACCAUUAAGAUAAAGACAGUCAAUUUAGGGUUUCUUUCAGCUAAAACCCUGCGAGUGAUAAAGCUACUGUGAUUGACAACGAUAUCAGAGAAACGGAUCAGUGGAAUUGCUAGGUCAUUCAAUUCCCAAAUUUCCCGUGAGUUCGCAGCCCCAUAAACAGGGUAGCAAUGGAGGAUGAAUUAAACCAGUAGAGAUAGAUGAGCAAAAAUGAGUAGGUUGUCUUUCAGGCCUCGGCCCCUUGACAUUCACAAGAAGCUCCCUAUAGUCAAGUCCAUCAAGGACUUUGAAGAUGAUGAGGCACCUGCUUCCACACGUAAUUCACAGUUGCUGCGCCUUGCCCCUGAGGUGGACAGUGAGGCUCAUCAAGUUCCCAACAGGAGAGUAGCUGCUGAAAUACCUACUCCUGAGUUUGUUGUUGUGGAUACAUAUGAACGGGACUAUUCUUGUACUUUCAGUCAACCAACUUCAUACUUGCGGGCUAGGGGAGCUCGAGCUGAGCUUGGAGAGUUUGUUGAGUAUGACUUGGACAACGAAGAUGAGGAUUGGCUUUCAGAGUUUAACAAAGACCAACAGAUUUUGAUACCGGAAAUGUUUGAGUGUCUUCUAUUCAAGUUGGAGGUAUUGGAUCAUAAAGCCCGGGAAAGAGCUGGUGUUAUAACACCUCUUGGAUCACCAAUUUCUGUGCAUUUAAGAUGGGAUGCUGCUAUAGAGGCACUACAAACCCAGCCAAUCAAAUAUGCAGUUAUACAUUCUGUUUAUGAUUACUGGAAAGAGAAGCGUGAAAGGUGGCAAAAGCCAAUUUUGAGACGUUUGCAGCCGCCUCCACCUGUUAAUGAUACCAACCCCUAUAAUGUCUUUCGACCUAGGGAGAAGGCCCACAGGCUUCACACAAGAAGGAUGCAGAGGAGAGAAAACAAUGUACAGUCUUUUGAAAAGCUUCGUCAGGUGAGGCAUAACCUUGACCAAGCUAAGAGAUUGUUGGAGGCUUUGAUCAAGAGGGAAGAGAAAAAAAGAGAAGUAAUGGAGAGUGAAGUUACACUUCAGAGGAUGCAAAUGAAGUAUAAGCAUGAAACUGAAUUGUUGGAAGAUAGCUUGGCAUUCCCUGGAUAUUUGCCAUUUUCUUCCAAGUUCGUUUCAAGUGAGGAGGAAUUUUUUGAUUCUGAUGAUGUCAUGAGGCCUGCUGCUGUGCCAAGUCUUCCUUCCUAUGAUACCAACCUGCCCGUGGUCCCUGCAGUUAGCACGAGGCAAGAGUUGAAGAGGCGAUAUGUUCUCCCUGGAUGGCCUCAUAAAUUGGAUCCUCUUGAGCCUGUUCUACUGUUCACAAAACCUUUAAUUCCAGAAAAGCUGGCUAUGGCGGGCAUUAUACCACCAUCAGAUUCUUCCACUAAAAAUGGCGAGUCGUCACCGCAAUAUAAAUUCCGUGGAAGAAUUGGUAGGGGAGGCCGUAUAAUAUUUGAUCGAUGGAAUCCACUCAUGCAAACGCCAAUUGACUGCGGUAACUCAUACUAUAUGCCACCAAAACCACGACCUUCAUGUAAUUAAUCUGGUUUGUUUGCUGCAGCUGUAAUUUUUUUUGUCCACUCCUGCAGAUAUAAUGAAAUCCCUGCUGGAAAGGGAUUGAGUUUAUCAUUAGGAUGGUAUAGGGUAGCUAGGAAAAUUGCAGAUGAAAAACUUAAUUAGGCCUAGAGAUUAAAAGAAUCAUCGUUUGCUGAGGGCAGGAAGUUAGAUGUAUUAUGUAAUUUUGUAUGUUCAAAUGUAUUCCUCUGCCAUUCUUUCUCGUACGGUGGUUUCCAAGUGUCAAUAUGUUUUUCUUAGUCAAACAAUUUGCUGAAGGUCUAAAUGAUACCACUGCAGGUAAUUCAACGGUUCAA